ACCGAAGUUCAAGAGAAAGCAACCUCUUCGAGUGAGGGAAAACUCAUAGCUGUUGGGGAUUCUUCUGACGGGAAGCCAAGAUGGUCCAACCAGCCAUUUGACUUUACUCUUCCAGAAGACCUUCGUAGGGUAUUUCCAAACUACAGAACCCCCGACGGCGUGUCUGCCUAUGUCUAUGCCAGAGAACAAGGAAUUCAGUAUCCCAAUUACGCCGAAUGGAAAAUGGAACCUUCUGUUGAGAAAACUGGUUACCAGGAUAAGGGUGCUCUUUCCAGUCCUGAGAAAAGUGCGCUUCUCAAGGCUGCCAAAGAAGUUAUUCAUUUGACUCCAUACUGUGGUACCGAGAUUGUUGGAUUGAAGCUGACCGAGCUCACUGAUGAACAGAAGAAUGACUUGGCCCGUCUUGCAGCUGAAAGAGGAGUAGUUUUGUUCAGAGAUCAGGAUGACCUCUACAUCAGAGAACAAAUCAAGUUUACCUCUUACUUCGGAGAACCACAUAUACAACAUCAAAGUGGGAUCAUUCCUGAUUUGCCUUGGUCUCAUAUUAUGUUCCUUAUGAGCGUAAUAGUGCCGGGUUAA